AUGUCCCAGGACGUCGCCCCUCCAUCGCCACUCUCUCCAGACGACGCUGCCUACGAUGUGGGGGCUCAUAGCAGUGCAGGGUCGAUUUUCUCCCAGGACACAGUAGCUACUUCCGUUCAUACACUGCCACCACUUCAGACCAAAGCUCCCGACACGCUCGACUCGUCCUUUCUCGAGCCCGUGCUUGAAGACGAUCCCCGGUCGUGGGACCUUGUGGCACCGGCUCAAGACGAUCAGGACGUUGGCUCAUAUGCGCUGGAGAAGCGCUCGGACCAGUUAUUUAGCGCUGAGCAUUUGCGGACCAUCUUUGAAGAUCCACGACUGCUGCUCAAGUUCACCGGAUUCUUGAACUCGCACAGGCCUCAGAGCAUUCCCAUAUUGAUCUAUUACCUGGAUGCGCUGAAAGCCCUUCGCGCUAUCAAUUAUGCCAACGCGAUCGCAGAAGCGCUAGAGCCCAUCAAGGACCAAAGUUUCACGAACGAGCCAUCAAAGCCGACCAUCAAUGCCACGCUUCAAGAAAAGUCAGACCGUGCCUUCAAAGUCUUGGUACAAGAAGACCUGCCUGCGUACAUCGCACACACCUGGACGCAGGUUGUUAGCAUCAGCAUCCAGCGUCGGAUUACGGGCACGCUUGCUCCUCACCUCAGAGAAGCUAGCGAGGGUCUGGCCGAAGUCUUCUGCUUGACGGAUCCCAGCCGAACGGACAACCCCAUCGUGUUCGUCUCCGAAGAGUUCACGCGAACCACCCAGUAUGGCAUGAACUACGUGAUAGGUAGAAAUUGUCGCUUCUUACAGGGGCCCAGAUCUUCACCGCACUCUGUCCGCAGGCUGGCAAUGGCCACAUCCGAAGGCCGGGAGCAUUCUGAAGUGUUUGUCAACUACCGUAGAGAUGGCAGCCCUUUCAUGAACCUGCUGAUGACGGCACCUCUGUUGGACAGUCGAGGCAACAUCCGAUACUUCAUCGGGGCGCAAGUCGAUGUGUCUGGCCUGAUCAAGGACUGCAGUGAGAUGGAAGGUCUGACACGCAUGGUAGAAAAGGAACAAGCCAAACGUGGCGGAGCUGGCGAGGACGAGGAGGACCACAAAGACGAAUUUCAAGAACUCAGCGAGAUGUUCAAUGGCGCAGAACUGGACACUGUUCGUCGAUAUGGAGGACGUAUGCACAAGGAGUAUGUGGACGAUAGCGAUUGUGAAAGCAUACAUCGACCUCGUUUACUACUGAAGGACCCUAGUCAGGACAUUCUGGACAAGGAAAAACGUGCUAUUUCUGAGACUGGAGCUUCCAUGAUCAAAGAGCGCCUCAAUGGCAAACUCCAGGGUGUAUACCAGCAUUAUGUGCUUAUCCGGCCUGCGCCCUCACUACGUAUUUUGUUCACAUCCCCAUCUCUGCGAGUACCGGGGAUUCUGCAGUCGCCUUUCCUCAACCGCAUUGGCGGUUCAAGUCGCGUCCGUGCUGAUCUGGGCGCUGCGCUAUCUGAAGGGCGCGGUGUGACAGCGAAGAUCAGGUGGCUCACCCGGCCUGACGAAGACGGGGAAGGAGAAGGGCGACCACGCUGGAUACACUGCACCCCUCUCCUCGGACACUCUGGUACAGUCGGAGUAUGGAUGAUCGUUCUCGUGGAUGAGGAGGGGUCCAUGGCAGGUGGAUCGUCUGGGAGACGCUUCCGACAAGCGCCUCCUGUCUCGAGCAACAUUGGCGGAAAGGAAUGGGAUGCGGUGGCGUCCACGGAGCGACGAAAAUUGAAUGCGUACGACCAGACAGACGAGCGCAAAGGGAAUCACAGAAAGGUCGAGUAUUACAUGCGGCCAGGAAGUGAAAAUAGCCAAAGUGCGAGUGGAAGUCGCAGUCGCGACCGAGGGCCAGAGCCACCGCUCUUGACAAGCGCGACUGCCAGCGAGUUCUCGUUCAACCUACGUGGAUAA